CAGCGCCGUCCAGUUAGUCAAGCAUCAGCCAGGAGCUCCGACACCCACCUGUACCCGCUCGUCUCGUCCACAGUUUUGUUCUACUCACCCUUAACCACAACUGAAGAAAGGAUACAUUCAGUUUCCAAGAUAUCUAUCAAAGCAGCUCUACAACCAAGUGAAAGUCGGUGAAGCGAGGUUCUUGGCGAGAGGUGCAGCCUGGUCUGUAAGUCGCUAGGCCAGGGAGGCGACUGUGGCCCCAGCUGUGUGUCAUACUCUCACUUCCUACGUACUACCUGCUCCAACGCUGCCUUUUCUCCCUGCUGCUAUUCCAUCCCUUCAGAGUAAAGCUUAAAGUGUUCCAUAAUUCACCUGUUGACUUCUUAAAUACGAGUGAUUGAAUUGAAUCCAAUGUUUCGAGUGUAAAGAUCCAGCUGCUGCCAUCUGUUACCACGGGAGGCAUCGGCUCACCUGGAAGGCACAAGACUUCUCAUCCAUUCACAAUAAGACGAGGAAUAGUAGACUCCUCGUAAGAGUUUAAUAUCCUAGCAGAGAAAAAGCGUGUUUCUAAGAAACUUUGUGAAAUUCCCAGAAGAUAUUUCAGUGUUCCUCUUGGUGUCAGGUGAAGACUGGCGACCAAGUGUGACGCACUGCCACUAGCAAUAUAUGAGUAACCUGUGCUCCUUGUGCUUUGAUGUUUGAGUUGCUGUGCCAGUGAACACACAACUCGUGGUGAGCAUUGCUAAGCUAUCCAAGUGUCGAACGAAAAGUGGUCGCUGAGGUCUGCAAGUGAGUGAGUAAGGAGAACUGAUGUUCAUCACAGAACGUAUCAUCACCUAUAGUGAUUGUGUAGGACCUGGUUCCGUGUUAUAGCACAGGAGACCUUAACAGUGCCACUGUGACCGGUAGCGUCGAGAGGCACAUUCCUGUUCGUAAGUCAGCCAGCCAAGGCAAAGACGUCCUCAGGGCCACUGGGCAGCAGCAGGUGCAAGGAGUUUCAUCUUAAGCCUCUCCACGGUGGGGUGGUCGGCUCGGUAACCCAGCAGCUCGCUGUGGUCGCCGAAGAGAUGUGAGUGAUGUGGCGUGACCCUGACGACCACCUCUUGCCCGCCCCGCGGCUGCGCGCUCCACAGGGUGCCUUGCUUCCCUCACCGACUCGCCUCAUUGUGCAGGCGUCCAGCUGGUAGCAUGAUGCUAUCGAGGAGUUGGUGCUGGCGGGUGGUGGCGGUGUUGGUGUGGACGGCGGCGGCGGUGGCGGCGAAGCGGGACAUAAGUGACAGAAAGCCUGCCGCAGGAAACAACCCCAUCGUCCAACAGCUGGAGAAUUCCCUCCUCUCGUCUUUCGGCCUCAAGCAGCGACCUAGUGUCAAAAUGGACUUAGUGGUGCCGCCCUACAUGCUGGAGCUGUUCCGUCGACAGCAGGCGGGACAUAACGAUGCUGUUAAGGCUGAGUCAACAGAGCACCGUCCCCCGACCCCGACCUCACAAAACUACAACACCGCCAGAAGCUUUACACAUGAAGAAAGCGAGGCAGACAACCGAUACCCAGUACACAAGAUGCGCCUGCGCUUCAAUCUCGCUAAGCUUCCCAGCGAGGAGGUCCUGCACUCUGCUGAGCUGAGACUUACACACCUGAAGCAUCCGGCUGCUCCAGACCACAUGCUAGAAGCCACAGCAAACACCAGCAAACUACGGGGACGAGAGCAACGGCGAUGGACAUCCGAGGCUGUACCUUACUUGCAGCGCAUUAUGGUGUAUGAUGUGCUACGUCGCGCCACUCGGUCGUCGGAACCAGCGUUGCGCCUCUUAGAUACAAAAAUUGUCGACGCGCGUCAGAUGGGAGUCCAGACUUUGGAUGUCGCAGACGCUAUUCGUCGGUGGAUAGCAACGCCUAAAAGCAACAAUGGCUUGCUAGUGGAGGUCAUUCCCUUCAGUAAAACCUCGACCUUGGACGCAUCCCAUGUGCGGCUCAAGAGGUCAGCAAGGGAGGAAGAGCUGUGGUCACAACAACAGCCGCUGCUCGUUGUGUACGCCAACGACGGGAAGGCACAAGUGCGAACCAAACGAGCCGUGGUAAACAAACAUAAAAAGACUCGAGAUACGUGUCGAAGACAUCGUCUCCAUGUUGACUUUCGUCAAGUAGGCUGGGACGACUGGAUAGUGGCUCCUUCAGGAUAUGAUGCUUACUUCUGCAAAGGAGACUGCCACUUUCCUCUUCACGACUCCCUCAAUACUACUAAUCAUGCAGUGGUACAAACACUAGUUAAUUCACGGUAUCCAGACCGAGUGCCCAAGGCCUGUUGUGUCCCUACUGAACUUUCACCUAUAUCCAUGCUCUACCUGGACGACGAUAAAAAUUUCGUGCUCAAGAAUCACCAAGACAUGGUGGUGGAGGGAUGCGGGUGUCGGUGAACAGCGGGCGACAGCCCCGAUGCUUUUCAUCCACGGCCGCUGCCAUGCUGUCUGCUCGCUAGUCGACCCGGUAAUGUGAUAUGUAUGUUAGAUUUCAUAUAUAAAUACCUACAACGUGAACCAGAAAUAAAUGUAACAUAAGUACUACAUGUAGGUGAUAAAACGCCCGCUUGGUCAUAAGACUAUUGAGAGCUUGUGUUCCUGAUGAAUGAACUAUGGGCCGCACUUGUUUGUCGUGGCAGAGAUUCACCACGGAGACAAGAAAAUUAUAAAACCGUCCGUUUAUUGUGUCAGCACUGACGCACCAGCCCGCGUCAGUGGAGGGCUGGAGGCUGGGUAGUGAGAGCACGGACCAAAGAUGCGUGAGUAGUGGUGCAAGGGGGGCCAGGGUGGCACAUCGCCGAAGCGGUGGGACACAGAGCCAAGCAGUGUAAGUAUUGUGUUGGACAACAUGACUGACGCCCAUCAUGACGCUAUUGAGGCUGUGAGACAAAGUUGUAGUGCAGCGUAUACAGAACCAAAGAUCAAGGGACGAGCACGGUCUGUCCGCCCCAGCCCCGCUCACCACCAGCUUGUUGACUGUGGCCGCCAUCUCCACCAGCUCGCCCUCUUGUCCCCCGGCUCCGCUGCCCGUAUCCCCCACGUUCCUAACUCCACAUGUAUUUAUUCUCUGUAUUAUACCUUUCCUGCACGUAAGAGAAUGUACAGAUUUAUAUAUAUUUAAAUGUGAAUACAGAAUAAGGUAUUUUGUACAUAAUUAAAAGACUGAAUAUCUCUGUAAUAAAACUUAUACAAUUAUAA